GGGAUACCUGGACAGGUCUGAAGGUAGAGGCCUGACAAAGUGCAAUCCACUUCUCCAGGUUGGGGUUGGACACAUAGACCCCUUUCAAUGAAGAAAGCAUCGUUGCUAUAAGCACAGAAAAAAAAGUGCUGGAGCAUGAUGUGUACACAUGAUGCCCCCUUCACAUUUCUGACUGCCCCCUCAUAUAUGCCUGCCUAGAACCGGUCCUGGUGCGUGGUACUUUUACUGUGCUGGCGAGCGGCGACAUACUGCUACCAUUAAGCCCGAGUCCCUGUGAAUGAGUGAGGAAGAACCAUAGAUAUAUAUAUAUCACAUAGAUAUCUAUGGGAGGAACCUUCAGCCCCGCACGAGAGGAACAAACGAAAGCAAGGGCUCAUCUCUCGCGAGGAACGGCGCCGUUAUCGGAAUCCCUACAAACAACACGAGAAUUCAUCAUUCACACGUUGUGAAAAAUGUCUGAACAAGAGUUGGAUGAAAUUGUGCAAAUAACAGUGGAGGACUUUCACCCAGAAGACCGAACUGACAUGCUAGAAAAUCAUGAAGACGAUGAAGAAAGGCACCAGAAGAAAAAGAGGAAAUUAAGCAACAGCCAGGAGAAUAACAACAUCAACAACCAAGACAUAUCUUUUAUUAAGAAUCUAUUGGUCUCCUUCACUGCGUCAAUAACCCAGCGACUUGAGGGAAUUGAAUCAAAGUUAUAUUCUCUGGAUUCUACAUGCAAAGCCCUAGGACGCAAACUGGACAGCAUGGUGCCAUGUGCAAAAAGUCCGAUCCAGGUUCCUAUGGUUGCAGGGUCUCCGCAGGGGGCCACUCAAACUUGGAACAAAGUGCGAUGUGUUGUUCCACAAACAAAUGUGAUAGUGAGCAGUGAACACACAAAGGGCACGAGCCAAGAAGACACCCCUCUGGAGAAUCUGCUCAGCAACACAAUUACCAGGAAGCGGCAGAACACAAUCCUUGUAAAGGUGCCGGGCCCUGAUGAGAGUCAAGAAGAACAAGACAGCGGCUCAGAGGCCAGUGACACUGUUUCUAAUGGUGGCCAUUCCAGCAACGCGCAAAAUGGCCCAAAUGUCACACUAAUCACACUCAAUUCAGAAGAUGAUUACCCGACAGGCACCUGGUUGGGAGAUGAGAACAACCCUGAGAUGCGAGUUCGUUGCCCAGUGUCUCCAGCUGACAUGCUCCAUAUCACCACAAACUGCCGCACAGCAGAGAAAAUGGCACUGACGCUGUUAGACUACCUUUUCCAUCGGGAAGUCCAGGCCAUGUCAAACCUCUCUGGCCAGGGCAGACAUGGCAAGAAGCAGCUCGACCCGCUCAUGAUCUAUGGCAUCCGCUGCCAUUUGUUCCACAAAUUUGGCAUAACAGAGUCAGACUGGUACCGCAUCAAGCAAAGCAUCGACUCAAAGUGUCGCACCGCCUGGAGGCGCAAGCAGCGCGGCCAGAGUCUGGCUGUCAAGAGCUUCUCCAAACGCACACCUCGCAGCACAACUGCAGAGACAGGAAUAUCAGAAGAAACGGGACACAUUGAGGCUGCCACCCAGCAGACCUUGCACUACACACUGGCCAAUCAACAAGUCCAGUUCCACCGUAUUGGCGAGGAUGGACAAGUUCAGGUGAUUCCACAGGGUCAGUUGCACAUUGCCCAGGUGCCACAAGGAGAGGAGGUGCAGAUCACACAAGACAGUGAGGGAAAUCUCCAGAUCCAUCAGGUACAUGUUGGUCAGGAUGGACAGGUGCUGCGUGGGGCUCAGCUCAUAGCAGUGGCAUCAGCUGAUGGCGGGGCCACAGCAGUAGAGGGCUCCCCCCUCCCUCCUGACAUCCAAGUACAGUACGUCCAACUAGCCCCCGUUGCAGAUCACACAGCUGCCGUACAGGCGGCUGAGCUGGCCCCGGCCCUGCAGGCGGACAUGGAGGUUAAAGAGGCCAUCCAGGGUGCCAUCCAGGGAGAGAACGGCGAAGUGGUCCAGAUUGUCACCUCUGUGGCCACUUGAGAGGCCUGUCUAGUUCAACACUGCCCAUAACUCUCCUCCACAGCAUGGCCUGACGAAUCCCAGAGGUCGACAAAUGCACACAGUCUGACGAGCAAUAAAGUCAGCGAGCAUUUUUAAUCAAUAUGAACGUGACUGCUGAAACACAGGGAAGCAUUUUUAUUUAUUUAUUUUUUUGUUUUCCCCUGCAAACUCCGCAGUUCAUUGCCAACCAGAUGUCUCAAUGUGGAAAUAUUCACAGAGAACUUGAAAAGACCAUGAUACUCCAAAAUCAACUGUGGUCUUUCUGGUGUUUUCAUCACCAGAAGGACCUGGCCCACCACAGAAUACACAGUGGGAUUAUUGUCUAUCCAGGGAGGAUGCUGCUUAUGCAGACCAUCACCCUGCCACUUCAUCAGCACACACGCUUGUUUACAUCAACUUUGGAAAAUUGUGGAGUUAUUUGGAGUUAAGCCGCUUGGCUAACCCCGAAACCCCCAUGAGGGUUUGUAAAACCCCUGAAUCCCACCUCAAACAACCAGUACUGUGCUCCUUUUCUCGUCAUUUCUUGUCAUGGUGGACUGCAGUGGAAAGUAGAUUUAGCUGAGCACAGCUCUUGGUUGUGAUUAAUUUGGUUUCCUGUCACUAGCCAUGAUUCGGUCCAUACUGUGUCUCCCGGCUGUGAGCCCCGCCUUCCUCUACUUUGGUCUUCUUGGUCAUAUUGCUUUAGCUGCACAGCUUUGUUUGUUUGUUUGAUUUAUCUAAUUGUAACAUGCUGGAAUUUUGGGGGGAGCUUUAAUUUUGGAGGUAGAAGACCAUGAAAUAGAAGAGAUGGUGCCAGUGGUAGACAGUACAAGUUGCUUGUAGAAUACCAAGAAAACCUUGAAGUUGUUUAUUCCCCCCAGUUUUGUCUCUGUGAAAGAUACAUUCAUGUGAAUAAAACAUGUUUGUGGUUGCCAUAAAAGCGUGUUUUUAUUUUGGUUUCUCUGUAUUUUCUCUUUAUUUCCAUCAACCGUGGUCAUCAAAAUGGCUUCAAACAUUUCAGAAGACAUGAAUUUGCUUUCAUCCACUGCAAACAGACAGUUGAAGAGAGUGUGAAAUGAUAGUUUGGUUUUGAGGUCUUGUUUCAUGUUAAGCUUAUAAUAUUUACUAUUUUUGAAGUAAAUAUGUAUCAUGUCAACUUAAAUAACCAUAUGAUUAGGCUACUGUAUUGUCAGCAAUGCUGACAAAAUAAACUUUUAAGCUAAGGUUUUUGUCAAAUAUGUUUUAAUUAUAGCAGUGUCUGAACUGUAAUUACAUUUCUUUAAACUCCACUCUCUGUCACUGCAUGGUUCUGAUUUCAUGUCAGUGAAGACACAGAAUAUGUGUUGUGUUGUGUUGGACUGAUGCUCCACUAAUGACGAAUAUCUGCAGUCAGCAAUAAAAGAGAUAAGCGAGA